CUCUCCCGAGUUCUCCGAGUGGCUUCUCACUCUGGCCGGAGCCGUCAGCCGGUUGCCUGGAAACCUUGGCUCGAGGAGUGGGAGGGGUAACAAUGGGUGGGGGCGGGGCUCCCGUGUCCGCGCGCCUGGCCCGAGGACGUCACCGCGGAGCAGAGUGAUUCCUAUUGGCUGAUUCAGGCAGGGUUCCAUUGUGGACGUCACAAAGCGGAAGUGGGACAAUGAGCUUCAGACUAAAACUUCCUCCUGUGUCCAACAUUUGACAGCCGGUGGGAAACUGACCCCGGGAGUCUCCAGAGAGAGUUUAAGUGAGAUGGCAAGUAAAUGAGUUGGCCAGCAGAGAGAUGAUGAUAUUCUGACCGAACAAAAUAAGUUGAUAUUAGAUGGGGAGGAUUUGCAAACAGAAAUCUUAAAAUAAACUUUACAUCAAUAUCUGACAGAGUCACUCAGUUCAUCGUGACCUGAAUAUCAUUGGCCUUGGAAUCUAGAAGGAGAAAUGUUUGUCUGUUCUGCCUGCUUCAAGAAAUUUUAAACAACAUUUUGACCAGAAAAGCACUGAGACCCACACACACGAGUGAGAGUGUUCUAGUGCACUGACUGUGGAAAGAGCUUUCACCAGUUGCACAGACUGAAAAAACAUUACACCAUUUACAUUGAGGGGAGACAUUAUACAUGUUCUGUGUGAGGACGAGUUUCAACUGAUCAUUGGAACUGGAGAGACACAAGGACACAUGCACCAUGGAGAAACCGUGGAAAUGUGGGGACUGUGGGAAGGGAUUCAAAUCCCCAUCUGAGCUGGAGAUUCAUCGACACAGUCACACCGGGGAGAGGCCGUUCACCUGCCCUGCGUGUAGGAAGAGAUUCACUCAUUCAUCUACGUUACUGUGGCACCAGCAAGUUCACACCGGGGAGAGGCCGUUCACUUGCUACGAGUGUGGGAAGGGUUUCACUCAUUCAUCCUCUCUGCUGACACACCAGCGAAUUCACACUGGGGAGAGGCCAUUCAUCUGUCUCGAUUGUGGAAAGGGAUUCAGUAAUUCAACCCACCUACUGACACAUCAGCGAGUUCACACUGGGGAGAGGCCAUUCAUCUGCUGUGUGUGUGGCAAGGCAUUCACUGAAUCAUCCAACCUGCUGAGGCAUCAGCGAGUUCACACAGGGGAGAGACCAUUCACCUGCUCUGAGUGUGGGAAAGGAUUUAGUAAUUCAUCCGACCUUAAAAAACACAAGGCGGUUCACACAGGGGAGAGACCCUUCACCUGCUCCGAGUGUGGGAAGGGAUUUACUGUUUCAUCCACCCUGCUGACACAUCAGCGCGUUCACACCGGGGAGAGGCCGUUCACCUGCUCCGAGUGUGGGAAGGGAUUCACUCAGUUAUCCCACCUGCAGGCACACCAGCGAGUUCACACUGGAGAGAGGCCGUUCACCUGCUCUGAGUGUGGGAAGGGAUUCACUCAUUUAUCUAGCCGGCUAAGACAUCAGCGAGUUCACAAGUGA